GGCCAGACAGACAGGAAGAGAGGGGACAGGGUUAAAAGAAAAUAUAAGAGAGAGCGGAGAGGCGAGAGGUUAACACUCGCGCGAUAGACUGUGCUGUAGCCGACGGAACGAGCCGAGGAGAAGAGGGAGGAAAUGUGAAAACAGGCGGAGGGGGGACAGAGAGCAGGCGGCACUUUAGUUUUCACCCAGCUGAAGUGAAGUGGACGGAGACACAGACGAGCGAAAGGACGGGAGAGGGGCUAGUGGGGGAGAGGUAUGAGGGGACACCUCUUGAAGUCAUUCUUCUCUUGGAUGUUCACUCUGGUCUGUGUGGGGAGCCUGCUGACCACUGUCAUUUGGUACGUGUUCAACGACAAUAAUGUGGACCCUCGCAGACCGACUCCUCAUAGGACUGAGAGGCACCUUGUCCCUCAGUCAGCUGACAUUUGCAAAGGCUGCGGGGAUAUCAUCACCAAAGUAGUUGAGCGUUACUCUAAAACCUGGAAGAGGCAAGAGGACAACUACAAAAAAUUCAGAUCUCAGCUGAGCAGCAAGUGCCAUGGUUUUCACAAGGCUGUCAUCACUCAGGCCAACACUCCGGUGGGCUCAAAGCUCGUGUACGACGGGGAGAAGAAGAGGACUCUGCUGGUGACGCCUGAGAUUUUCAGCACCUUUACAAAGGAGCAUCCUUUUUCAAAUAAAACAUGGGACACGUGUGCCGUGGUUGGGAAUGGAGGGAUCCUGUCCAACAGCAGCUGUGGGCAGAUGAUCGAUUCUGCCCAGUUUGUUAUGAGGUGCAACCUACCUCCUUUGGCGAACGGCUAUGAGAAACAUGUGGGCAUCAAGACUGACCUUGUGACGGCAAACCCCAGCAUAUUCGUGGAGAAGUAUGGGGCUCUCAUGGGGCGCCGGCGGCCGUUUGCGGAGAGCCUGCGCAGCUACGGCAACUCCCUGCUGCUCCUUCCCGCCUUCUCCUAUGGCCACAACACCCCGCUCUCCAUGCGCGCCGUCUACACUAUUGAGGACUUUGAAAGCCCCACUCGGCCCGUCUUCUUCAACCCAGACUACCUGCAGAGUCUGGCGUUCUUCUGGCGCUCCCAGGGCCUGAGAGCGGUGCGGCUCAGCACCGGCAUAAUUAUGGCCAGCAUGGCGCUGGAGGUCUGCACCAACGUGCACCUGUACGGGUUCUGGCCCUUCGCUAAUCACCCACACGGCUUCCGUGCCCUGACUAACCACUACUACGAUGACAGGCAGACUAAAAAGAAAUUCCAUGCCAUGCCGGCUGAGUUUGACCUCCUGUUGCGUCUGCACAGUCAGGGUGUGCUCAGACUUCACCUGGGGGAUUGUCGAGCAGGUGAAAAGUAGUUUGCUGGGUCUGGGUUGGGAUUGAGAAGAGAGGGACCCGAGUGCCUUCUCACGACGAAGCCAAUCACACGCAUUUCAAUGCACUUAUAGUUGAACUGAUCUUUUUUUUUUGGCUGAUAACAUGGAUUAAGAGUAUGCAAGCAAAGAGGAUGCAACAAUCACCAGCAGCCAAGACAUUUGCACUGAAAUCAGAUUGAAAACAACUGUAAAUACUCGUGUAGUGUACGUACAAGUCUAUUUAUUAACACUAAUGUUCCAGCUGGAGUCUGGAGGGUAAUUUUUUUCCUACUUGGAAUCCUUUGUCAGGCCUUUGUGAUGGUCUAUAUGAAAGUGCCUUAUGCUAAUAAUUUAGUAGUGACUGUUGUGUAACUGACCAUAGGAGCGUUUCAAUGAAACCGAAUGUAUGUUGAAAGAAAUCUAAUAUCUUCUCAACAUGAGGCUGAAAAAAUACAAAACACCAGCACAUAGAAUGUAAAGAAUGUUAAAAGGACAUUUCACAACCACUUUGAAUAAUACUCAGUGGUCACCAUGGUAAACUUAGGGGGGGUUUGUGCGUUACUCGCACACUUUAUUCACACAAACCGUUAUAAAUGGCUGUUACUGGUUGUGGAAGCUGACACUCCAGGAUGUGAUGCGCACAUUAAGUACGAGGUCAUGUCCCUUCACUAAAAAACACUGAGGAACAGUGGGGCAUCGAGCCGAGGACUGAGCAGGGGCACAGUUAUAACACCGGCUAACACAGUGUUGCCAUGGUGACCUUGUUUUACAUUGCGUCACAGAGACGGGCAUCGAUAACCAGUGGCAACAUGAUGGUACAAUGUUACAGACUCCAUAAAGAUUGUGAACCCUUGCACUGUGGGUGAAAAAAAUGUAGCUGAUUUAAGUACUUAAUAAGAAAUAUUUGCAAAAAAAAAAGUCUUAUACCAGCUGUAGGUCAACAAACUUGAGAACUUUCACUGAGCCCUUUGCAGGAUCAUGUGAAUAAUUGUGAUUUCUUUUUUUGUAUUUGCCAGCAUGACCAGCAUGGGUUGAGAGGGAAAAUUAAAUUAAAGGGAAGAAAAAAAAAGAUAUGAAAAAAGUUAUUUGUAUUUAAGGCUGGGGGGAAAUUCUGCCUAAACCCGACAGUAAACGGUUUUCCCCAAACAUGUCAGUGUCUUUCAGCUAUGAAUGGCUCCAACCCUGUCCAAGAUUGUUUAAUAAAAGGCACAUAUUAUUAAUUUCAUAACUGGAACCACGUAUGAUCCACUUAUUCAUUAUCUUAUCGUAUCGUCAUCCAUUUAUAGACAUUCUUACUUCUAUUAAUUAUCUUAGUGUAAUGCUGCUUCAUAUACAGUACGAGGCUUGCAAUACAGAUGUAUCGUGUAUUUCAAAAUCAUUGGGCCUCUUGUUUUUUUGUUACUGCACCCUGUACGUCGUCCUGCACACACUCACACAUCUGUGAGGGAUGAGAAAUACCCUAUUUUUUUCCCCAGUGUCCAAAGUCGUAAUAAUAGACUGUGUGCACCAGCUUUAAAAUGACAUCUCUGUGUGGGUUUGUUUGUUUUCAGAGGAAAUCGCCCGCUGCCGCAGUAGCCCUCUAAGACUUUGGUCAUGGGAUUCCACUUAUGUUCACAGUGACCUUGUUGUGCAUCCAGCUGCAGCACUCCUCUCAUUCCCAUUGCCUAGUUUCUCUGGGAAAUUCUUUUAUUAUUAUUGUUAUUAUCAUUAUUAUUUUUACAUUACAGUAAAGUUACAGCAUAACUUUUUAAUAUGGAAGUAACUAUGGUAACUGUAUCUAAUUUAUAAUGACAUUUCCAGGAAGGAAAUCGGGAGUUCUUGUUCAUUUACUGCUCUGGCCCAUGUGGGAUCAAAUUGUGCCGUUUGUGGCCCCUGAACUAAAUGAGUCUCCCCCCCCACCCCGGUUUAGACAGGUGCGCCGGACCAGGCAGCACAUACAACUGUUUUUGAAUCAAAGUUGAAAUGAAUCCCUUUUUUUCUUUAUUACCAAGCUACUACUUUGCGAUUAUAUUGAAAUAAGAUGGUGUUACCAUGAUAUUACUUCUCAAUUCCAGAGUUCUUACCAUAUUGUUACAGAGUGUAAGUGUCAAAUAAUAAUUUCCCACCCUUUAUUGUUUCUCCAGACAAUGUAGCUGUGAACUCCCACAAUAACAACACCAUCUUCUUUCUUUUCUCUUCUUUUUUUAUGUCCAGGAAGCACUGAAUGAUAUCAGAUCACUUGAUAUAUAAUUCUAUUGUGAAAGUGAAUUCAGUUUUUGGCAAAUUGUAACAAACACUACAGCUGCUCCCGCACCAGAAGCUCUUACGUCUCCUGUGUUUUUCCUUGACGCGGCGUCAUCUUGUGUGUCUGUAAUUGUCCCGAUAGAGCUGCUCUCCACCAAAUAAACUCACU